CAUAUACAUGAUAUUAUGUAUCACAAAAUGUAUACAUUACGUAUUACAUGUUGCAAUUUUUAAAAAGACUAAUGACACGAAAGUGAGUAAAUAAUAGCAAAAUGCUCUGAUGUUAUGUUAAUGUGAAAUACAGGAUAUUGAGGAUCUGGCAUCCCUGCCGGCAGUUGCAGUGACCCUCCUCUCCACCGGAUGUCGCUGAUGUCCCAGUGAACAGACCCCUCCCAAUGCCCAAACUCUUCGGUUCUUUUUAAACCUGCCCAAAAGGGUGUGUUUUAAUGCUAUAUAUUUACUCAGCGUCUCACACUUCUCCUACACUGACAGAGGAUUAAAUCAGACUGAAGGAUCGGACGCACCGGUAAAACCCAUCGAUCGCAUCCUUAAAGGGACAGUCACGCGCUCAGUGGAAGACCGAUCAGCGCGCGGCGUCAUUCGGAGUUCAUGCGACUUUUGCGUUGUUCGCAUCGGACAGGACAGAUGAGAUCGGACAUAGAGAUGAUCUAGCGCAAAAAUGCCUGAUCGGACCCGUUGGACGACAUCGAUCCGGCAUUGAGUCGUCAUCUUUACAGUUGUCAUUGAAUGUCCUUUUCCCGCCGCGUUUCUGAGGAGACGAAGACGAUGCUGUUGACGUUUGAGGCAGAACGUAAACCUCGCGCGCUUUUACCUUUCAGACACAGUGCAGUCAGUGUUUUAAAGGGACUGUUUUAACAUCGAUGACGUUUAAUUGUCUUCUUCCUCGCCCUUUAGACAGGGUUGGGUCACAUUGAGGUCUCGUGGAAGUUGCUGGCAGGGUUUUAUAUGCAAGGCUGCACACAUACCUGCUGGUAUUUCCGGGUUUUUCGCUCAGGUGUGCAGCUCAGGUGAAGUCGACAGGAAGUUGGAAACUCGAUCUAAAGUCAUAAAAUGAUGCGGGAGUUAUCCAGUAAGUUACAUAACGUUACAGUUUUUACCUCAGAAGCAGCUCGCGCAUCGGACGACCUGGUCAGAUAAUAUCGUGUCAGUACAUCAGAUCUCUAUCAUGGAUCGUCUCAAGCGCACAACUUUUAUCCUCUUCCUCAUGCUGGUGGCCAGUUUGUUGCCCCUCGGGGGUCACGCCAGCUCACCGGAGGUGGGAACCGGUAACGGAAAAGUGCGUGAUCAUCAAGGUAACGGGGACACGACUCACAAAGCCAACUACACGAAAAAGGCCUUUCCGGUUCUGUCAUUCGAUUAUAAAAACGUUCGUACCCCCUUUGAGAUCUCUUUAUGGGUGCUGCUGGCCUCCCUCAUGAAGUUAGGGUUUCAUCUGAUUCCACGAGUCUCCAAUAUCGUACCCGAGAGCUGUCUGCUCAUCGUGGUGGGUCUGCUGAUCGGUGGUCUUAUAAAGUUGGUGGGCGAGGAUCCUCCAGUGCUAAGCUCCAAGGUCUUCUUUUUCUACCUGUUGCCUCCCAUAAUCCUCGACGCGGGCUAUUUUCUGCCUAUGCGGCCAUUCACGGAGAACCUGGGCACCAUCCUCAUGUUUGCGGUGGUGGGAACUUUGUGGAAUGCGUUCUUCAUCGGCGGUGCUCUGUAUGGCGUGUGUCAGCUGGAGGGCGAUUACCUGGGGAAGGUAGAGCUUCUGUCGUGUUUGCUGUUUGGUUCCGUCGUCUCGGCUGUAGACCCCGUGGCCGUCCUGGCCGUGUUCGAGGAGAUUCACAUUAAUGAACUGCUCCACAUCCUGGUGUUCGGAGAGUCUCUCCUGAAUGACGCCGUCACUGUGGUUCUUUAUCAUCUCUUUGAGGAGUUUUCUAGCGUGGGCACCAUCACCGUCACAGAUGUGUUUCUGGGUAUCGUGUGUUUCCUGGUGGUGUCAUUGGGCGGCAUCAUGGUGGGUGCCAUGUAUGGCAUCCUGGCAGCGUUCACGUCACGCUUCACCUCUCACACCCGUGUCAUCGAGCCGCUGUUCGUCUUCGUCUACAGCUACCUGGCGUAUCUCUCCGCAGAGGUGUUCCACCUGUCGGGCAUUAUGGCUCUGAUCGCAUGCGGUGCUGUGAUGCGUCCCUACGUGGAGGCCAACAUAUCCCACAAAUCCCACACCACCAUCAAGUACUUCCUGAAGAUGUGGAGCAGCGUCAGCGACACGCUCAUCUUUAUCUUCCUGGGCGUGUCCACGGUGGCCGGGAAGCACAACUGGAACUGGACCUUUGUGAUUGCUACGGUCGUUCUCUGCCUGGUGGCCCGUGUUCUGGGUGUCAUUGGCUUGACGUUGGUGAUCAAUAAGUUUCGUAUUGUGAAACUGACCACUAAAGACCAGUUUAUCAUUGCUUACGGCGGCCUGAGGGGGGCGAUCGCGUUCUCUCUGAUUUACCUCCUGGACGAAAAUCAUUUCGCCAGGAAAGACAUGUUCCUCACGGCCAUCAUCACCGUCAUCUUCUUUACGGUGUUUGUGCAGGGUAUGACCAUUCGACCUCUGGUUGACCUUCUGGCAGUGAAGAAAAAACAAGAAACCAAGCGAUCUAUCAAUGAAGAGAUUCACACACAGUUUUUGGACCACCUGCUGACGGGCAUCGAGGACAUCUGCGGACAUUACGGACAUCAUCACUGGAAAGACAAGCUGAACCGCUUCAAUAAGAAGUAUGUGAAGAAGUGUCUGAUUGCGGGGGAGCGUUCAAAAGAACCGCAGCUCAUUGCUUUCUACCACAAGAUGGAGUUUAAACAGGCCAUCGAGCUGGUGGAGAGCGGCGGAGGUUCCAAACUUCCCUCUGCUAUGCCAUCCACCGUAUCCAUGCAAAACAUCCAACCCAAGAAGCCGUCUCAGGAGAGAGCGCUGCCUCAGGUGUCUAAAGCCCGCGAGGAGGAGAUCAGAAAGAUCCUGCGUACAAACCUGCAGAAGACCCGUCUGAGACUGAGGUCGUACAAUCGACACACUCUGGUGGCUGAUCCGGAUGAGGACGGAUGGAAUGAGUUCCUCAUUAAACGCAAGAGGAUGAAGGAUCUGGAAAAGAUGUCACACGUGAAUAAUUACCUCACCGUUCCAGCUCCGCCCCCUGAUUCACCGACCAUCGCACGAGCGCGUCUGGCUUCUGACCCUCAAGCCUGGGUCAUCAAACCUGUGACCGGGGACAUCCCUACCAUCAAGGUCGAACUGGCGUCUCCGCAGUCUCCAGAGUCCGUCAGUGUGGUGGAUGAAUUCAAGAAGAGCAGCUAUGAGCAGGAGGACGAGGACGGGGACGGCCUGGUCAUGAAAGCCACGUCUCUCGUCGCGAAGAAAGACGAGACUGGCGAGGACGACAAAGAGCCGCAGCAGCGUCUGCAGCGGUGUCUGAGCGACCCGGGACCCAGCGCUGAGGAUGAGGAAGAUGAGCCCUUCCUCCCGUGAGCCAGCCGGUGGGCGUUAUUGAGAGGCUGGGGGGUCCAUCAGCUUCCUCUGAGACGCGCGAGACUGACAGAGCGUCUGUAUAUAACACUGAGACGGGAGGACAGAUUUAUUCUGCAGGAAGCCAAAUUGAGGACGUCAGGGAAAGGAAAGAGACGAACCAAAAAGAAAAGAAAAAGGAGCAAUCAAAAUAUUAUUAAUAUUAUCUUCUUCUUUUUUUGAACUCGACACCAUGUCGUAACCAGAAACAGUGUGGCAACAAUAAAAACAUUGAUAAAACAAACGCUAAAAGUUCAACUUCGCUCUGUAUGACCUGUGAGUAUUUUCACAGUAUAUUACCCAGAGUACAUACACAGUGUUAAAUAAUGUGUGAACUCACAAUUAAAAUUUGAAUGAAAUAUGAUCGAAUGCAAAGACGUGAAAGAGUCUUACACGACAGACAUCAGGCUUCAUCUCAAAGCGAUUGUUGGUCAUCCAACGUUUAUUCUCUGUUUGACAUCAAAUUCAGCGUUUCUCAGUUCGAUCUUGUCGCAGCACCUCUGGUUAAGACACGGUGUAGUUUAGUCUUAUUGUGGGAUAGACACAUGAAUGAUGGAGAAGAGAACUAUGCAUUACCAAAGGUUUAAUUUCACACUAGAUUCAGGUUGUUUUUAAAGCAUCGAUUGCCUUCAUUACACUUUUGUGGUUUUUUAGGACAUGAGUUGCCUUGAUUUUUUAUUUUAUCAGGAGUGAAUUAUGUUUUCUGUUUGACCUCGAGGGGUUUUAAACUUCAGGAGCAAUAUAAAACCGGACACGUUAUUGCCUUUGUACAUUUGUCGGACGUGCGCAGGACCAUCAGAAUUAUCCAUCUGAACCACCAGUUUCAUCUGUCGUGAACUGUUUGCUUUUACUUUAUUUAAUGACAAAGAGGAUUUGCGUGGAAUUAUUCUGCUUUCCCUUUAAAAGCACUCAAGUGCUUUGGUCAUGACAACACAGAGAGUGAUCUGAAACUCUAAACGCUGCUUUAAAGGAACAGUUCAUCCCAAAACAAAUAUUCUGUCAUUAUUUACUCGCUUUCAACCCCGUAUGCUGUUUUUUAUUGCAGGAGACGUUUAAGAAUUAAGGUGCUAGCGACGCCAAUAUCAGGCUUUUUAUUCCCUGCGAUCCCAAACACCAAAUGUAAAGCUGACGUGCAUGCAAGAUGCUUUAAAGCACCCAUAAAUGUAAAAACACGUUUUUUUUCAGGGAAAUCAAAUAACGGUAGAUGGGUUUAGAUAUUCAUGAGGGCGAGUAAAUAAUGAAAGAAGUUUCAUCCUGAAUACAUUUGCACCGAGUGAGCUAACGCUGUCCUUCAGAUGAGGAGAUCCAGACAUGUCCUCGUUUCAUUCUGUUAAGUGCAGGACGUUUUAAAAUGAAUUUAUUCAAAAUGUAAUGUAUCCAAAUCUAUUUUGCAUGCACAGAGAGUAGACUAGACUUAUUUUAUUGUGAGCUAUGUUGAGAAAAAGCGAUAUAUUUUACAUGUGAACUCUAAAGAUCCAUUGAUGUCUAUGAUGUGCUUCGGAGUAUUAAUGCUAACAGACUCAGUUAUUUUUCAAACUUUCUGUGCUUGUUUUGCCUUCGUGGAUGCUUCUUUUGCCUUUAAAAUAGAUGUCUGUGUCGCCGAUGCCGGUGCAGUCUCAGGGGCAUGGGAUGGUUUAUGUUGUUCCUGUUUAUUUAACCGGGUCGAGUAUGUCAAUACCGGGUCGAGUAGUCGUGAUGUAAACAAACUUCAGUAUUCACGAGAGUUUUCAUUUCACAUUAUCUUUUGUUCUUGAAACGGAGCUACGCACCACUAUAAUACUAAUACCAAAAAGAGGAGUGUGGAGAAAAAUGUCAUUUAAAUGAUCUUUUGCAUUGACUGCGCUGGAUUUUGGAGAGAAUCUAGAGUAGAAUUGAGCUAAAUGCCUUUUUAAAAUGUGUUAAAUAGAGCUGAAACACUUGACAAACACUCGGUAGAGGGGUGUGGAUUAUGCAGACGUGUGUAAACAACACAUUUAAAUUCAGUGGAAAUGUGCAGGUGUGGAUGGUGUGGAACGGCCCUCCGGCUCGUUCUGGAGUUGGUUUUGAAUGCGGGUGUUCUGACUAUUAAUAAGUGUGGUUAUAUAUUGGUUUUGCAUUUCGGCUCGUCUGAUCUUAUUUUCCUAUUCUUUUUAUAUAGCUCAGUCUUGAGUUGAGAUUUUUCUUAUGUUCACUUAAUGCCUGUCUGUGAGGCGCCUCGGAAAACAUCAUUUACUUGAUAUUUGAUUUAUAACAGCUUUAUUUUGCCUUCAGUUGCCUUUUGAGUUUGUUUUUACAAAUGAACGUUUUGUGUUUACAUUGUUUUUUGUGUGUCUGUUGUGCUGUAAGAUGAAGCUGCUGUGUGUUCAUCUAUAGACCAGUGCGGGUGUUGAAUGCUGAUUACAAAAUCUUCAAUCUUCCAGAUGCUUCAUAUGACCGUACAUGCUCUUUAUUUCUCAUAUCACUGCUUAUUGUUUUUGCAAGAAGGAUCUCACAGUUCAUUGCAUGAGCUCCUUGUUCUUUUUUUGUUUGUUUGUAUUUUUAGUAGGAAGUGAUGUAAAAUGCAGACGAAGGUACAAAUGUGCCUGUGUUUCGUGUUAAUACUAGUCCUGAUUGUGCUUACUGCAUUCUGACAAGCAAAAAACAAAUGAUGUGAUCUAAUCCUGAACUUUAUCUUCAGUUUCAGAGUUUAUUCAUAGGGUGACCAUUAGGGUUUUUUAUUGGUUGUGGAUUAUUCGUGAUGAACUGGGUUUUAAAGGUUGUGUAUUAUUUCUGUGCUACUAUAGCGGCACCAAAUGGAUUAUAAAUAACUAAACUAAAGAAAAGUUCAGACAAAGUUUGAAUGUUGACUUGACAAAGCUGUGCCAGAAAAAUGUUUGAAAAGCCCUGAAGUUAAAAAGUUUUCUUGGUCAUGGAUAGAUGGGAAUGUUCGUCGAGUGAAAGCUUUAGGAGUUUAACUUGGAGGACAUUUUGUUUUGUAGUUAAUAAGAAUUUAACUCUGAAAUGUACUUUCUUUAUAUUUUUUAUUUAAAUUCAUUCAAAUGUUCGUGAAUUUUGUUCUGUUUUCCCAAGGACACCAAAUACACAGUAGAGAAGGUGUUUGCAUGUGUGAAAGGCUUAAGGGUUUUGGUUCGUGUGCAGUAUGGUAACUGUUGGCUUGUUUUCUCGGUGUUCCUUUAGACCUUGAAGACAUGUCAUCUCUUGUCUGUGUUACUCUUCAUUCAGUCUGGAGGCAAAAGCACUUUAUCAUAACAGAACCUUUAAACCAUUUAAAAUAUAGCAAUAACUAAAGCCAUUCUGUGUGAAUAUAUGGUGAACUCGGAUGAGGACGGCAGGUGUUUACUGACGGCGUCGUUGUGUUUGGGUUUACUGAUGUGCUUUCAGCGUGAUGUUUGCCUAUUCUGCCGUUUAAGUAGCCCUCUUUUGACUGGACUCGACUGAUAAUGUGCGUAUAUUCUCCAUCAAAUAUUUAUUUUAUAUACAAUGGGAAAUAAAAUCUAUAUCAAAAUGUAAGCGAAUGUGACACUUCACUGUUUUGUGGCCUGUAGCUUCAGCACUUCAUUGCAUUCUGACAACUAACAAACAGUUUUUGUCCUGGAAGAUAAAGCGAAUAAAGUUCAUUUGCUAAAAGAAUGAUAUUUACCCUUCCAUUUAUUUCAUUGUAUGUUCAUUGUACUGGUUUAUAUCUGAACUGGUGCUUCAGAUAUAAACCAGCGGAGAGAGCCCAUGUUUCACCAGUCGAUGUGUGACGCACAUACUUCUCCACCCUGACCUCAUCUGUUUUAUGAGCUGUUGUAUUGCAAGGGCUGCAGAAUUGGGUUGCAGAUUUUUUUGUGUGUUAUGUUUACCCUACGAAAUUCUGAAGAUGAACAGUAAAAAUAACACAUAAAUACUAAAUAUAUGAAAAGCUUCAAACAUUACAUUUUUUAUAAUGUUUCGCACUAUUACAAUUAGAUUUUGAGCCUGACAAAGGCAUUCAACAUUUAUGUACUGUAAUCUACUUUAUUUUUUGUUCAUUUAAUGUUGAAUAAUGGAUUAUUUAUU